AUGCCACCGUCAGUUCAGGGCCAACCGCAGGCUUCCCCGGCCGGGUCGCCGGCUCCGGCGACAGAGAACGGCGGGACGAGCGCGGGACCUGAAUCAGCUGCGAACUGCGUCGCCGCCCUGCUGAAAGAGGGGCAAGAUUUGGUGGGUGUAGACACACCUAGGGCCAUCGCUAUCAUUGAGGAGGCGAACCGGUUGGCAUAUCAGGUGGCAGUGAAGGCGCCGGAUACAGAGAAACGGCAACUGCCUUUUCCGCCCGUGGAGGAGGCGAUGCGGCUGCAGGAACAGGGUAUCACGCUACUCGCAUCUCUGUACGCUCAGCAGGGAGCGUGUGAGUCUCUUCAGCAGCUGCUGCGUUCGUCGCUGCCGUUUUUCGCUCUCCUUGCUAAAGCGCGAACUGCGAAGCUGGUGAGAAUCUUGGUCGAUGCGGUCGCAGACCUCCCCGGCGCAGAACACGCACUGGUCGAGCUGUGCAAAGAAGUCAUUCCCUGGUGCCAGGGAGAGAAACGGACUUUCCUGCGACACAGAGUCGAAGUGCGCUUGGCGCAAGUGUAUGUACAGCUGGGCAUGCUCCAGCAGGCUCAGCCAAUCAUUCAGCAGUUGCUCCAAGAGGUGAAGAAGUUGGACGACAAACUGUUGCUGGUGGAGAUCCACUUGAUUGAGUCCAAGCUUCACUUCAAAGUCAAAAACUACCCAAAGGCGCGGGCAGCCCUGACAGCCUCCAGAACGAACGCGAAUGCGAUUCACUGCCCACCCUUGCUCCAGGCAGACAUUGACUUGCAGGCCGGCAUUCUCGCUGCUCAAGACCGAGACUACAAAACAGCCUUUUCGUACUUCUUUGAAGCCUUUGACGCCUUCAGCGCUCAGGACGCGGCGCACCACUCUCACCGGGCUUCCACGACGGGGGCAGCGGCUGCGGCUGCAGUGAAAUGCAACACAACGCCUGCUGGCCCUUCGCGAGCGCUUCAGGCUCUGAAGUAUAUGCUUCUGUCGAAGAUUUUGCAAGGCAAAGACGACGAGGUCAGCGCGCUGCUCACGGGGAAGCAAGGCUUGAGGUAUUACUCGAUGGACACGUCGACGACGUGCAAACAGCAGCAGAUGGGCGCGGUCGCGGACGCGGCUGCGGAGGCCGCGGCGGCGGCCGGGGGCCAGUUGGGAGGGGGCGCUGCAGCGGCUGGAUCGGCAGCGCUGGCUGCUGCCGCCGCGGCGCCUCCGGCGUCUGGGACGCGCCGCGACUUGGAAGCCAUGCGGCAGCUGGCGCUGUGCCACAAGCAGCGUUCGCUGAAGAAGUUUGAGGAGGUGCUUGAAGAGUUUUCGAAGGAGCUGAAGGGAGACGACGUGCUGAUGCACCAUAUCGACGAGCUCUACGAGAACUUGCUAGAAAAGAAUCUGCUCAAGCUGCUGCAGCCUUUCUCCAGAGUCGAGAUGGCGCAUGUGGCUAAGCUGAUUGGCCUGCCGCUUGCCAAGGUCGAGGAAAAACUCAGCGAGAUGAUUCUGGAUGGCAAGCUGCACGGGACCCUCGACCAGGGCAUCGGCGUCUUGCUGCUGUUUGAAGAACAGGAACUCCCGCAAAUGCACGUCGACGCGCUCGCGACCAUCAAAAACAUGGCGCAGGUGGUGGAUACGUUGUAUGAAAAGAGUCUCCAGGCUCUGUAG